GGAUUCUACUACUCAUGGAUGUCGAUCACGGGGGAGAUGGGGAUAUAUCCUAAAAUAUUUCCGGUGGCCGGUGCUAUCAUACUGGGCUUAUAUCAUGGUGGCUGCCGGGUACUUGUCAUUCCCUUAAACAACGUAACCCCCGACUAUAAAUCUAUUAUCAUAUACCCCGAAGAUAUGAAGGAAUAGGUUGGACAAAGUGAAGGAGGGAGGGGUGCAAUAAAGAGAGCGGGAAGGAAACUUAGUGUAUGACAACGAAUGGACUUUGAACAGAAAUAAUAUCAACCAACAAAACAGUGAUAAUAAUUAUCAAACAAGCUCAAGUGCAAGGUUAUCGGUCAAGUUUGCUGUCGCGUCUCGGAGUCUCAACAACCAUGUGCAAGAUAAUCCUAUAUGAAACUGAACCAACACCGCGUCUUAACUGUUGUGUGCCUCAAUAUAAAAAGAAAAUGUCUUCUGCAUUCUUCCGUUUCGUGUUGGUCCUCAUGGCCUUGUUCAUACAAAACUCGGCGUCUUCCGCCGAUGACGCCCAGCCGAUCGUGAAAACCUCAACAGCAACUUUCUAUGGAAAGCGACUCGAUCUACAACCUGAUCAACUUCCAGUCGACUACCACGGCAGUGUAUCAGUUUUUACACGGAUUCCAUACGCCGAACCACCUGUAGGUCAACUCCGAUUCACAAGCCCCAUUGCCAAGGUCAUCCAGGGAGAUUUUGACGCGACUAGACCUUCUGUAGUAUGUCCACAGCCAAGGAAUGAGAUCUGGGUGGUAGAGUCGGAGCAGUCGGAAGACUGUCUUUCUCUUGAUGUAUUCGUCCCCAAUCCACAGCCCCAUAAUGCAGCAGUAAUGAUGUGGAUACAUGGUGGUGGAUACCAUAUCGGACGUGGAUCUUUUCCAGGUCAGCUCCCCGCCCCUUUAGCCGCUUUUAAUGACGUCAUCGUGGUCACUAUAAACUACAGACUAGGGGCACUAGGAUUCAUGACUACAGGUGAUGGUUCGAUACCAGCAAACAUUGGCCUCUUAGACCAAAGACAAGCUCUUAUCUGGAUUCAAGAUAAUAUUAAAGCUUUCGGAGGUGACCCGACCAGGGUGACAAUCUUUGGGGAGAGCGCCGGGUCAGCCAGUGUCAACUUUCACGUACUGUCUACAAUGAGUGCUGGGCUCUUCUCGGGAGCUAUCAUGCAGAGUGGAGCUUCCACCCUAACUUGGACCCAUCACUCUAAAUUGGCGGAUGCGGUUAGUAUGAGCUUUGAUAUCGGUAAAGCCGUUGGUUGCGACGUUAAAACCACCAGUGAACUCGUACGUUGUCUCCGGCGCAUACCAGUUGAGGAUUUUAUUGAGUUAGAAGGGAUUUCGCAGAUCAAUAGCGAUUAUUUUGUACACCCUGUGGCCGAUGGUCAAUUCUUGCCUGAUGACCCAAUCAAGAUGGCAUCGGAAGGAAGAUUUAAUCAAGUGGAUGUGAUGAUCGGCUGCAUGACGGACGAAGGAUCUAUCUUCACAAUUCCUUACAUGAAGGGACAAGAAGGAACUACACCACAUCCUGUGAACCACUCUGAAUUUCGUAAGACUAUUGCAGUGACUCUCGGCACGGAUGACCCAAUGACUCUUGAUUUAGCUGAACAACUUUACGCAUCACCAGAUGAGUUGUCCAAAGCCGAUGCAAACUUCGUAUCACAUGUCACCGCACUGUUUGGUCAGGUCAUGUUCCUCUGCCCGACCUUCGACCUCUCUGUGGACCUUUCUAGGGCAGGAAGGAACGUCUACCCGUACCUGAUGUCACACGUCCCUUCCUUCUCAAUAUGGGGCAGCAAGUAUGACUGGCUAGGUGCCGCCCAUGCUGAAGAUAUUGCCUACGUUUUUGGUUCACCUUUCCUGAGCAAUUCCAACGACGACCACACGGAAAUUACUGGUCGAUUCGGAAACGACGAAGAGGUCGAGAUGUCGCUUCAGAUAAUGAGAUACUGGUCCAACUUUGCAAAAACAGGGAAUCCGAAUUUAUCAACCGAUGGCAAAGAAGCAGGCUCGAAGUAUCCGACUUGGUCCAGAUACACCCCAUCAGCACCUGGCUACAAAGAAUUUACUCCUACAUUCGAGAACCGUGAAGGAACACCGAAUUCAAAGGAAUGCUACUUCAUCAAGAACCUGGUCCCAAAACUCAUCACCAACGCAGAAGAGAUGGCCCAUCUGAGAUCUCUGUUAGAAGACAAGGUCAGAGAAGACAGUACUGAAUCUUGUCAUACCCAACAGUCAUGCCCAGAACAAUGAGGACAUCAAACAGACCAACGAGGCAUGGUUACAAAUUGUUGGAAUCGAUGGUAUAGAAAGAAGUGAUUGAUUGAAGUCGGAAAUCAUCAUCAGAUCAAAUUUGACAAUAAUCCUGACUUAUAGGCAUUAAAGUUGUGCGAUUUUGAGAUGAUUGCAAUGCUCUAGUUCCCAUUAACCUCAACAAAAGCAAAACAUGAGUAUGAAACGGCAUGUUUCGUUGUAUCAGAAUUUAUUCGCAUUUAAUGAUUGUCGAAUAAGAGGUAAAAGGCAGUUUGAAAGGCACCCAAUAUUGGAUAGAAAGGGAAAAUGCAUGUUCGCUGUAAACAUUUUUUAACCUCAUAUUUCAACGCAACAUUGCUUAAAUUCUCUUCAUCCAACCGACAUGCAUGUUCCCAUUUUAUCCAAUAUCGGGCAUACUACUUUUUUUAAAUAAAGAAUGUACAAGUUUAAAAUAGAGGGAUGUUGAUUAAGGCCAAUGGAACACACAUAUGGGGUUCAACUACACUCUCCUGUUGCCUUUCCAAAAACAACAACAACAUAAGUUCUAUAUGUGAUUUUCUGUCAAUCUUCAUUAAGAAACCGGAAUAUUCUUCAAUCCGUUGCGUAGAUUAAUGAAGCCAAUAUAACACUUUAUUUGAAAUAAAUAAAAAACGAACAAA